AUGGUCACAGCCGCUGUGACAUGGUUCAUGGUAGCCACAAAAGCAUGCGCAGUACCAUGGUACUCCGGGCGUCGUUGUGAGAGCUUGUGGUGUAGACACGGUACCCGUUGCGACCAUGACGCCCCUACCGAGCAAUUUUCGAACUAUACGACUCGAGUACCGACUACCGAGAAACUGGGGGGAGAACUUACCUGGAACAAGCUGCAGUUUAUUACCCAAUAA